AGGAUAUGAUAUCAACACACCCUCGACAGAUCCAUAUUCAGCCACGAAAAGUCUUUUAAAUAUCUGUCACCAAUCACAAAGGGUAUGGAGUAUCUAGGCCAUGGAUAGAGAAGUUUGUCAUCGCGAUAGGCAGCUAGGAACUGCAUGAUUGACCGUGAUGGAGUGAUAAGGUUGCAGAUUUUGGACUACUGAGGACAUGUAUGGGACCAACUACUUCCGUCGGGAGAAGGGAGAGGGUGGGAGUGAGGAGAAGGUGCCCAUCAGGUGGAUGGCUCCUGAGAGCAUUGAGGAAGACAUCUACACUGAGGCCACUGAUGUGUGGUCAUUUGGAGUGACAGUGUGGGAGAUCUUCACUUGUGGGAGGAUUCCAUACACUGGCAUUCCAGCCAUGGGUCUCCUGAAGGAACUGCAGAGAGGACAGAGACUGGAGAGACCUGACAAUGAGGCCUGUCUGGAUGAAGUAUAUGAGAUCAUGAUGAGUUGCUGGUCACUGGACUCCCAUGCUCGUCCGCUGUUCAAGGAUUUGGUGGGUAGCUUCAGUGGUCUUCUGGAGAGGGAGUCAGACUACCUGGAUUUGUCCCAGUCUACCCCUCCACCCUCUUCUCCACCUACCGCUGCUCUUCCUGUCACCCAGGAACAGGGAAUUGCUGCGGCGGAGAACGAGGCUGAAGAUGAAGUAUGAGAUGAAAACUACAGAUCAAAACGUCCUAGAACGUGACGUGUUAUAAAUUACAUGUACUGAUAAGUCUGUGAUAAAGUAAUGUAUCUGCUGAUUGUUGGAAAUGUACCUAUGUUUGUACAGCAUAGUGUCCCACCUUUUGUGGGAGUGCAAAGUUCACAGCACACAACGGUAUUUGCAAUUACUG